CGCCGCCCUAAUUUCGUUAUCUUGGAGGGAAGCGUCUCAAUCCGAUUGAUGCUUAUUUUCUUGUUCUAAAUUUCUUUUCUUUCAAGAAAUCGAUGCAGAGUCCCUGAGUCACUCUACCUAAAAAUGUUUAAUUCCCAUAUAUAUGCCUUUCUGUUAUUAAGGGAAGCCCAAUUUUUCAUUGAGGCAUUUUAUCAAGCAGCUCCAGCGCCUUCCACAAUCCACCUGUAAAUCCGUAAUGCAUGCAGCUUCCUGCGCAUUGGCUUGUGUAGAUUUCUCUGUUUUGAAAGGGUGAAGAUGCUGCGAGUGAAUUCUUUUGCUUCUUCACUCUCUUCGUGCGCGAAAAUUCCGUCGCUUUUAAUUCACCGAUAUGGUUAUCGCCCAGCUUUUGGCCGACUACUUAACUUCCCUUCUUACUUGUUUCGCAAAACCGGUAGGGUUAGUAGUAUUCGUGUCAGUUACUUACCCAUUAACACAAGAACCCAUCUUUGUACCGCCGCUGCUACUAUGAAAUCACCCGCUAAUGAAAACCAUAAGACUGAGCUUUCCGGCAAAGCCAAAAGGAAGAGAGAGCGAGACUUGCCAGAAAACGUGCUCAAAGGUAAGUUAUCUAGGUGCUCUAAGGGAGGUAAUCUCGUGGAAGCGCUUUCCUUGUAUGAUGAGGCGAGGAGUAAUGGAGUUCCGCUUAGCCAGCACCAUUACAAUAUAUUGCUUUAUUUGUGUUCGUCUUCUGGUUCAUCAUCUGAUGAGUCGAGUGGAAGUGAAAAUGGGGAUGGGGUGAAUGAGUUAAAGAAUUUAGGUCUGAAAAGGGGUUUCGAGAUUUUUCAGCAGAUGGUUGUUGAUGAAGUUUGCCCCAAUGAAGCCACAUUUACGAGCUUGGCUAGACUGGCCGUUGCAAAGGAAGACCCAGAAAUGGCUUUUGAUUUGGUGAAGCAAAUGAACAGUCUUGGUAUUCCAUCAAGACUCCGGUCGUAUGGGCCAGCUUUAUUUGGCUUCUGCAAGGAGGGAAAUGCAGAUAAAUGUUAUGAAGUUGAUGCUCACAUGACUGAAUCUGGGGUGAUACCGGAAGAACCUGAGCUUUCUGCCCUUGUCAAAGUUAGUGCUGAUACAAGGAAAGCUGACAAGGUGUAUGAAAUGCUACACAGGAUGCGAGCAUCUAUAAGGCAGGUCUCAGAACCAACGCUUGAAAUUAUUGAAGAUUGGUUUAAAUCUGGUCUUGCUGGGAAGGUUGGGGCUGAGAGUUGGGAUGUGAACGAGAUAAAGGAAGGAGUUGUUCGAGGAGGAGGAGGGUGGCAUGGACAGGGGUGGCUGGGAAGAGGGAAAUGGAAGGUAGUGAGGACUCAAGUUGACAAGAAUGGUGUGUGUCAUUCUUGUGGGGAGAGGCUUGUUUGUAUUGAUAUUGAUCCAAAAGAGACAGAAGAUUUUGCUAGCAAAUUAUCUGAAUUGGCCUGCGAAAGAGAGGUUAGGGCUGAUUUCAAGCAAUUCCAGGAGUGGCUACAGCAGCAUGGUCCAUUUGAUGCAGUGGUAGAUGGUGCCAAUGUGGGUCUUAUCAAUCUGCAUUAUUUCAACUUUCGCCAGCUUAAAGAUGUUGUAAAUAAAUUACAUCAAAUGAGUCCAUCAAAAAGAUUGCCACUUGUUAUUUUGCAUAGAAAUCGUGUCACUGGCGGCCCUGCUCGGGACCCUAAUAAUAUGAAGUUGUUAGAGAGUUGGAAAAAGUCCGGCGCACUUUAUGCUACUCCUUUUGGUUCAAAUGAUGAUUGGUACUGGCUAUAUGCUGCUGUUAGUAAUAAGUGUUUGUUAGUCUCUAAUGAUGAGAUGAGAGACCACUUGUUCCAGUUACUUGGGACUUCCUUUUUCCCAAGGUGGAAGGAAAAGCAUCAGGUUCGGUUAUCUGUCUCAGGAAAAGGACUUGAACUACUCAUGCCACCUCCCUAUUCUAAUGUUAUUCAGGAGUCAGAAUGUGGUAGUUGGCAUGUGCCAACAAUCACUGGUGACGACCUUGAGACUCCAAGACUCUGGUUGUGUGCCACCAGAAGCAGAGCCGGUAACAUAUCAUAGGCAAUAACGUGAGUGGGAUAGUUGGAGAGGAGAUAGAGGUCUGCCUGGGAAGAAUUUUAUGUAUUUUUAGAUAUUUAUUUAUUUGUCAAAAUUAUAUACAAAGUCAAUUGUAUUUUUCAAAAUAAUUGGUGGGCAUGGUU